AUUGAAACCCGGCCGGCUCUUACAACCGAGCGCAGAUAGGACGCGAGACAAGCUGGUACAGCUGAGCUGAGCCGGUGACAAGCCUCCGUCUAUGUUUACUAUAGAAACAAACACAGACAAAAAAGGGAAAACAGAGGCUAAAUAAGGAACGACAAAAGGCGUGAAGGGGAAAAUUGGAUCACUUUUUUUUUUUUUUUUUACCGACAAACGCUUAACCUACAACACUCCUUCAUUCUGUUGCGGGAGCGUGAGACAACCGGCGCGCAAAGUUGCUGAGCUGAUCGGCUUCCCAUGACAACAGAGUUGAACGCAUGUGGAGGAUCGAUCUGCUCCUGUGUGGAUUUCAGAAAGCAUCACAUUGUCUUUGUCCGUGGAUGAGCAAUGCCUCUUGGAUGGUAACAUUUCCUGCAAGAAGACAACGCUGUGCCACAUACGCCCGGAAGAUAUGGAUUCGCUUUUACUAUAGCAAAGAUUUGUUGCGGGUUUUUAACAUUUUUCAUUUUGCGUAAAUUGACAGCUUACUCAUUUUUUUAUUAUUAUUAUUUUAUCAUUUGACCUGACGCCUGGGAUUUUUGGACUAUUGUGGAGUUACAAUCAUGAACUUUGUUUUUAGUUUGGUACAAAUUCUCUUGGCAGCGGUUCUUCACCUAUCCACUGUAAAGGCUGCCAGCAUUAACAAAGGAGUGGAUAAGAGUAAAAAUGAAGUUAUCCAGCUCACAGAUGUCAUCAUGAAGAGUAGGUGUCAGCCCAGAGAAAUGCUUGUCGAUAUCUCCCGGGAGUAUCCAGAGGACACAGAACACACUUACAUACCUUCAUGUGUAGUCCUCACUCGAUGUGGAGGUUGCUGCAAUGAUGAGGCGAUGGAGUGUGUGCCAUCGGAAACCCGCAACGUUACCCUGCAGGUAAUGCGGGUGAGAUCCAUGGUCACGCAACAUAAAAUUCAAUUGAGCUUCACAGAGCAUCAAAAGUGUGAGUGCAGACUAAAGCCUGAAGUAGUUCGAGCAAAGAAAGAAUACCACUGUGCGCCUUGUUCAGAGAGAAGAAAGCGCUUGUUUGUGCAGGACCCUCUCACCUGUAAAUGCUCCUGCAAAUUCACACAAUUAGACUGCAAGUCCAGGCAGCUUGAAUUAAACGAAAGAACUUGCAGAUGUGACAAAGUGAGGAGAUGAGAGACGGGGAGGUGCAGACUACACUGUUAUGAAGGAAUUCUUUUUGGCACAGCACUUUGGAAUCUGAGGAUGCAUUCCCUGCAAGGACACUCAAGGACAAUACAAGACAGGACGUUCUGCAUUCUGAUCUUGCCACUGUCUGUUUUCCACCCAACGCUAAUAAUAUAUAGUAUAUGUGCAUAUACUCUAAGUACAGUACAUCAACAGUGUGUAUUGCUGCUACUAUUUAAAACGAAUGCGCUGUCUGCGUGUGAAUGGGAAAUGUGAUAGAGCUCCUGGGUAAAAUUGGGGAAAAGAUAUUUUAUUUUAUGUAAGACUUCACUGGAUGCUGGUCUGCUGUGGAUAUGAACCUGAACUACGUCUCGCUUUCUGGAAAAUUCGGCGACCACAAUUUCAUCCAUUGAUGCAAAAAAAAAAAAGCCGAACUUGCCUAAAGGGCCUGAAUGGGGACAGCUGGAUUGUGAAAUGACGAUGGGGGCACCUGCGACACUUGAACUGUAUGGCAGGUUUCCGAACUUGUUCUCCUCUGUGACACGCUUAGACGUUCCGUCUGUACUGUAGGAAGCGACAACAGUUAAUGUGAGACUAUAACGACAUAAUAUGACACAACUGCUGACACAGGUUACGUGCUGUGGUGACGAAUAAUGUGACCUUCUUCCCAACUCAAAGUUCAGUGACGAUGGCAAGAACCAAAAGAAAAGUUUGCCAAGUAACAAUUGAUAACAAUUUGGACUAUAACAACCUAUGAUGCCAGUUUCGAGUUUUGUCAGGGUUUAAAGAUAUCGAUCCACUACCUGUCUGGUCCUGCCUCCAUCACACAACUUUUUUGGGUUGGAAAAGAUAUUUUUAUUGACAUGCACAGUUUAUGAUUUUUAUUUUUAUUUAGACAUUUUAAUUUCACAUGUUGAGACCAUGCUAAAGGGAUAUUAAUUAUAUAUAUAUAUAUAUAUAUAUAUAUAUAUAUAUAUAUAUAUAUAUAUAUAUAUAUGUAUAUAUAUAUAAUAUUUAUUAUAUAUUAAUAUACUGUAUGACAAAGGGUAGUGACUAGAUGAGCUGUCUAGCAGUCUAGAAAACCCCAACCUUGCUGUUUUUCGUAUUUAAUGGCUUUGUCUGUGCUCCAAAGAAAUAGUCAUGCCUCCACAGCAGAGUAAUUUAUUGUUAACUGUCUGUAUAUACUUACUGGAUAUCCCUUUUCAAAUAGUCUACAUUUAAUUUAUAGAAUGUCUUCAGUAUUCUGUAUUAUAAUAUUUAUAUGAAUUGUUACAAUGAGUUUAGUUUUUCCCUCCCUGUCAAUCUGCCUUGAGAUUGAACAUGUUUGUGGAUUUUUGUGGACUGAAAACAAAGCUUUGACAUUCCCAAUUUUAAACUAAAGCUAUGUUACUCACCAGUCGAACGGGGGCGUGAAGAUUCCGGGGUCGGGGGGGCGGGGUGGUUAGGUUGUUAUGGGCAUUUGACCGAUGGAAACCCCAGUCACAAGUAUGUGCGUAUGAUGCACCAGCACAGGUGCUUUUCAUUUUGGACUCGGGACUCGGGCAAUGGACAUGUGGUUUUGCACUUGCCUGCCCGCAGACACGUCAUAUGCAGGACUGAAGGAGUCUAGUUGCUGCUGCUGCUGCUGCUGCUGCUGCUCAGCUCGGACCUAAUUGUGUGAAGAUUCUUGUCUCUAGGGCUCUUGUCUCAGGGUGGUCGACUGGCAACGUACUUUCUCUGGAUUUUCUGACAAGCACAAGUGACCCUCGAGUAUUUUAUUCAAGCAAGACUCAUUCAUGAUUAAAUGUAAACUGUAUUUUAACUGUUACCAUAUGAGGUCAACUCAAGAGUUCAAAUAACUGUGCUGUAUGUCACUUAAAAAAAAGUCAAGUCAAGUCUUGACUUGAUUUAAAUAAAACAAGUUCAAGUAAUAGAUUAGGUAAACAGUACACUAGAAAUAGACAAAAUGACAUGUCCGGCACUCAAAAUGGAGAUGCAAAAGCUGCUAUACUACAUAAAUUACACAACUAACCUUUUCUGCCAGUUGCAACACUGUUCUUUAUCAGCCAUGUGAGCCAGCAGUAAAUCCUAAUAUUACCACCCUCAAACUAAAGCCCUGAGACUGUGUUCACUAAGACUAUCAGCUGGGUCAGAGCCAAUGCCUCUCAAGUCCUCAGUUGAUGAGAACAUUCUUUUUGUAUUUAAAUGAAACAACUGUGUUGAGUUUGUACAGCCAUAAUUUUUUUAGUAUAUUUUCACAUUAAUAUAUUUAUUUGUGCUGUAAAUUCUUUUACAAUAUUAAUACUCUUUUUGUUGUUUCUAGUGUAACUAUUAAACAUAUUUAUUUUUAAAAUA